CUUCCUUGCCAUCAGUUGUGAGGUUGCCAGACACUAGGCACAAUGCUGCCGCCACAUGGGUCGCAAUCAGCUUCUCAGUCGCAAUCACAGUCCACGCAGACGACUCAUACAUUCGUAUUGCAGGCAUACACGCAGGGCAGAGCAGCCUCACCAGACGGCGAGCUCAAAUUCCAGACCUUCACUGAGCCCACCCUUUUGUGCCAUGUGACCGAGCACACCACGACGGCCAGUCAAGGCCUCUCUGGGCUCAGAUUAGCUGUGGAAUGGGCGCUAUCAUCGUCUUCACAGAAAGGUAGCACCGGAAAUAGUCAGCUGAUCGGACAGGCAGAAGAGGGCAAGAUGACUUUAGAGUCACUCAAUCUGUGCGCCUUUGCCGACAUAGACAGCUCACAGUCCAGCGGCUCGAGUGCCAAGCGCAGAGAAGCUCCUCUCAAGGGCGCUCACAAGGGAGAGGUCGUCGCCAUCCGUUACAGAUGGCCUUUGAAAGCGGAAGGGAGCUCUCGCAGACUGCAGCUCAAGUUUGCUACGGUAGAAGACGCAACGACUUUUGUAAGCUUGAUUCAAAAUGUCUGCCCAAUUUCAACGAAGCAGGAGAAGGCCUCUACUUCAAAUCAGGCCGUGUCACUCCCGGACUCUCAAGAUUGUCGUCAAGACGUCGAGGGCUCCGCCAAGGCUUGUAGCUCCGAGAGCACAGGCGCAAUGCAUGCUCCGCUCAAUGUACUAGCCAUGAGUCCUUUGCCGAGGAUGUCCUCGACAUUGCACGACUCUCCCUCUCGACAGGAAGCACCAGCCGAAAGUGCUGCGUCUCCUGAAGCCCCAGCUCCGCCGAAGCCAGUGACGGACGAGGCAGCCUCAUCUGUACCAUCGCAAGUGCCGUCAAAGAAGCCAGUCAAGAAGCGCGCAGCUCCCCGAGCAGGUGUUGUCAAGGGUCAGCUCAAAGCAGCGCCCAAGAAGAGAGUCAAGCCGAAUGCGCCCAAAGAGGCCUUGACUCAGGACGUCUCGGCCCCACCGAUCAGACCAGAGAUUUUCCCGGCAGCCGUUUCCACAUGUCUCCACACGCCAUCACCAUGCCUGAACGUCAAACCUGUUGCUCAGACGCAAAUUGCAGGUUCGCAGCAGCUGAAGUACUCGCUUCAUUCCGAACCUCGGCUGCCUACCCCACCUCUCAAGCGCAACAUACUCUUGGCAUCGGGCGGCCUCCACGGGCAAGAGAUUGUUCAUUAUCCUCGAAGGGCUGAGAAGAAGCAGAUACCUCAAGGGCCGCUUGAGCAGCCUUUGCGAAAACCUGCAACAACAGACGCGCAGGAUCUCGAUGUGGUCCUAGCAGGGCUGUGCGCGAAGGAUCGGGGAGAGCUACUUGAACAGACCGUAGCCAUCUUGAAGUCUCCCUUCUUCUCUGUUCUGGUGGAGAUCAUGGAGCGCGCUGGAUGAAAGAGUGCAGUGAAGGCAACGAGAAGUAUAGCAGUAGGUAUACAUUAGGCUUUGUGGCAUGCAAGGUAUCGAGGCUAAACGUCGUGUACUCUACCCUCAUCCUCCCUGUUUCCGCCCCCCCCCCCCGCCUCGACUGGCGCGGCGAGACGGCCCCAGCUGAUCGGAGCCAGAAGCGGCGUGGCUGUCUUUGGAUCUCGCAGCAGCACGGCAAUUGACACUUGGCUCAAUCCAGCGUCCAUUGCCAUUCCACCUUUGAUCCGCCCCGCCCUGCCAACGUCGUUCCUCCCCUGCUUUCGUACCUCC